AUUUAGUUUCAUCCAAGAAGCGCUCGUUAUCGCAAUGGCUCUGGUUCGCGUGAGUUGUAUGCUGGCCCUUUUGCUGAUUGCCGGUCAAGGUCAGGCGGCGCCGGUGAAGACCGAAGGUAGCACCUUGGGCCUUCUGGGCGGUGGAUUUGGUGGCAGUGUAGGACUUAGUGCCGGCAUCGGAGUGGGUGGUGGCCUGUAUAGCGGUUUCGGAGGCGGUGGCUAUCCUGGUGGCUAUGCGAGUGGCUACCCAGGUGGCUAUGGUGGUGGCUACUCAGGCUAUAACGGCUACGGAGGCAGUGGAUUCGGAGGUGGCUACUAUCCAGGAGGAGGUUACUCCGGCUUUGGACACAGGCCGCAUCACCACGGAGGAUACUAUCCGGGCGGUGGAUCGUACCACAAUCAGGGCGGAUCUUAUGGCGGCCACUAUAGUCAGUCACAGUACUCGAAUGGAUAUUACGGAGGUGGUGGCUAUGGAGGCGGUGGCUAUGGAGGCAAUGGCUUCUUUGGAAAGUAAAGAUGCCAAAUCUUGCCACCGGGAUAGUUAAGUACUUGUGAUUGACCCUUUGUAGAUUGUAAAAUAAACGAAAAAACAU